AUUUCCUAUGAAAAGCAUUGUCCUGUGUUUUUAGCGCCUAAACGCCAGUUGAUGUUUAUUCGCAAGUUACUGGCCACCUCACGCCACACUACUACAUUUAACACUUAUUUUAAAAUCAUGUCUCAAAGAUCAAUCACCUCGUUUUUCUCAAAACCUUCCCAGAAGAUAUGUACAAGUGCUGUUGAGAAAAAAGAAAAAAGCCCUGAAUCAAUUAUUCCAGAAGAUUCCCCCAUUAAGCAACAAAGGAAACGAAGAAGAAUCUAUGUUGAUGAAGAGGAUGAACAAAGACCUUCAUCAACUGAUUCGACAGAGAAUGAGAUAGACGAUGUUGUUAAUAAAGAAAAUAAUAAUGAUAAUAUCAAGGUUGAUAAAGAAGAGGAUACUGAGGUAGAAAAUUCUUUUGAUGGGAACGAUAAAAACACGGACAUACAGCAGGAAGAAGUCGAAACAAUUAAAGAAGAAUGCGAAUCGGAAAACGAAAAAAAGCCCGAAAAGAAACCAAAAAGUAGCGAAAAGUCAAAAGCAAAAAGUUCAAAGAAAAAAAAAAAAGCGAAAAUUUCUCCUAAAAAGUCUGAGAGACCAAAAUUUUUAGACAAUAUUCCUUGGAAAGCAGGCGAUCCGGCUCCUUAUGAAGCUCUAGCAGCCACCCUAUCAGAAAUUGAACAGGAAAGUGGAAGAUUAAAAUGUAUCGAGUAUCUUUCAAAUUUAUUACGUCUUGUAAUGGAGAGAUCACCAAAUGAUACACUUCCUACUCUUUACUUAAGUAUGAAUCAGCUGGCUCCUGCUUCAGAAGGUCUUGAGCUUGGUGUUGGAGAGUCUUUGCUAUUCAAAGCGCUUGCUCAAGCAACUGGAAGAAGCGUGAAUCAAAUUAAGGCUGAAGCUAAGUCAAAAGGAGAUUUAGGAGUUGUGGCAGAAGCUUCAAGAAAUACUCAAAAAACCAUGUUUCAACCUAAGAGACUAACUAUUCAAUCAGUUUAUUCGGGAUUAAGACAAAUAGCUGAAAUGACUGGAAAUUCAUCAAUGAAUAAAAAAAUCGACAAAAUACGUUUUCUCCUGGCAUCUGCUAAAGACAGUGAAGCUAAAUUUGUAAUAAGGGCUUUAACCGGUAAAUUAAGAAUAGGUUUAGCGGAGCAAUCGGUUCUGCAGGCUCUGGCUUCAGCCUGUGAUUCAGAAAACUCUCAAUUAGCGGCAGAUAUAGUCAAAACAACCUAUGCUCAGUGUCCAAGUUUCGAUAAAAUUAUUCCCAAUCUUAUCAAGUAUGGAGUCGACAACUUACUCGAUCACUGCCCUUUGGAACCAGGUAUGCCCUUAAAACCAAUGCUUGCUCAUCCUACAAAAGGAAUUGAUGAAGUGCUAAAGCGUUUCGAUGCCAAGAUUGGCUUUACUUGUGAGCAUAAGUACGAUGGAGAAAGAGCCCAGAUUCAUUUACUUGAAGAUGGAACUGUAAAAAUAUAUUCCAGAAACCAAGAAGACAAUACUAUAAAAUACCCUGAUAUUGUUUCUCGUAUUAAGGAAUUAACAAAAGUAAAAACUGCCAUAAUAGAUUCAGAGGCCGUCGCAUGGGAUACAAACUUAAAACGAAUCUUACCGUUUCAAAUGCUAUCUACACGUAAAAAGAAGGUUGAUAAUGUAGGUGAUAUUAAAGUACAAGUUUGCGUGUAUGCAUUUGAUAUGUUAUAUGUCGACGGUGAAAGUUUAGUUACAAAACCAUUGAAAGAAAGACGAGAUCGUUUAAGGCAAUCGUUUGAAAUAAAAGAGGGCGAAAUGGUUUUAGCAACUGGCGAAGAUGCUCAUGAUGCUGAUACUGUUGCAGUUCUUCUUGACAAAGCUAUUAAAGACAGUUGUGAAGGAUUAAUGUUGAAAGCUUUGGACGAUACUUAUGAAAUUGCCAAGAGGUCUCACAGCUGGCUGAAAUUAAAAAAGGAUUAUUUAGAUAGCGCUGGUGGAGAUACCCUUGACUUGAUCGUAGUUGGAGCGUAUGAUGGGACAGGAAAGAGAACAGGACGAUUCGGCGGUUUCUUGCUUGCUUGCUAUGACUCAGAAAAUGAAGAAUAUCAGACAAUUUGUAAACUUGGAACUGGAUUUAGCGAUGAGCAAUUAGACAAAUUUACAGAAAUUCUGAAACCUCUCAUAAUAGAAACGCCUAAAGCUUACUAUAAUCACAAGAUGUCACCUGACCACUGGCUAGAAGGACAAAUUGUUUGGGAGGUAAAGGCAGCAGAUCUUAGUAUAUCACCCGCUCAUACGGCAGCAGCUGGUUUAGUGCAUGAGGAGAAAGGAGUAUCUCUGAGAUUUCCAAGAUUUGUAAGAGUUAGAGAUGACAAAAAACCUGAAGAUGCAACAAGUGCAGAACAAGUAGCUGGCAUGUAUAAAUCACAAGAGCAAGUUCAGGCUUUGAAUAGAAACGAAGACAACAGUGAAGACUAUUAA